AAUUAAAUGAUUUCAUUAAUUGGCGAUGGUUUGAGGUAUUCAUAUAUCUGGUGAUUGCAGCUAAUUUUAUAUGGAUUUUAGUGGAGACAAUAUCACUGUCAAAAAAGAACAUUGAUGUAAAACAUUACAACUUUACAAUCACAUGGGCUUCCAUCAUUUUUGUAUGCAUAUACACCUUAGAGGCCUCAAUAAAAAUUCUUGCCAAGGGUCCACUGGAAUAUUUCACAACAGGAUGGGAUGUGUUUGAUUUCCUGGUAACAGUGACCAGUGUUAUAGGUUUACUGGGAGAGUAUUUUAAUGAUUCUUUUUUCUACAUCACUGUCCUCAGGCCAUUCAGACUUCUCAGGUUGUUUAAGAUGAAGAGGAGUUACAGGGAUGUUCUAGGAACUCUGUUUAUUCUAUUCUCUAGGCUAAUCAGUCUAGUGGUUGUCAUUAUGCUAGUCUACUAUUUCUUUGCCAUUAUUGCCAUGGAGUGCUUCCUGUAUGUUGAUCUCAAAAACUGCUGCAAAAACACCAGUGUUGAAGCUUUCUACAAGUUUAGCAACAACACCAACAGUCUGGGAUAUUAUUACCUCAAUGACUUCAGUAAUAUACUUAUAUCUGGAGUGACGUUGUUUGAGCUAACAGUGGUCAACAACUGGUUCAUAAUAAUGGAAGGAUUUGCUCAUCACACAGGAGAAGUGUCCCGAACAUUCUUCAUGACAUUCUACAUUGUUAUGAUGGUUGUCAUGACGAUAGUAUUAGCCUUCAUCCUGGAGUUGUUUUUGUUCCGUAUUCAGUACAGGAGGAAACUCAAACUGGAGGACAUAGAUGAUCAUGCCAAGCAGACAGAACACGUGUACAUCAGUGAUGAAGAAAAGAUGAUGUGUGAGAACCCGGACUACAAAUGGACCGUUCGAUACAUAGCUCUACAGAGAGAUUCAACUGAACUACAGACCCCUUACAUGUACAAGGGAGAAAGACACAGGAACAAAGAAGAUUUCAGUCUCAGGAUGUAUGGGGAUGAAGUCAAGAGCUGGUUGGAGGAGGAACAGGAGAGCCGGGAACAGACCAUUCACACGAUGACAGAACUCCGGAGACGGAGUCGACCUAACGCUGACCUCGAGGACCUGGACGAGGACGUCAUUCCCAGCUCCUCCUUCUCCAUCCCUGUAGCUGACAACGUCCAAGAGGCGGGGCUACAAACCUAAAGGGAUGGGACCACAAACCAAAAGGGGUGGAGCCACAAACCUAAAAGGGUUGGGGCCAAUACCAUUAUGGGGCGGAGCCACAACUUUAGAUGAUUUUUAGGAGUGAAAUACUUUCAAUGACAUUGAUACGGGCCACAUCACAUGGUGGUCUCUGAUAUGCUUUGUAUAUUUCAUGGUAUUUUAUUGAACUUAAACCAAAGGCAAAGGUGCUCUACUGUCCCAGGAUGGGGACAGUUUUAAUCAUCUUUUUUUUCUGUGAUCAAGUUCAAAUUGUGCCAAAAAGUCUUUAACAUUUCAUUUAACGCUGCCUCCUUAUGUUUCAUAUUCAGGAGGUAUUUUAGUGUGAGUGUGUAAAUAUUGAAUGCUUUGUAUUGAUCAAGAGAGAGAAGUUUUCUCAUAUUGAGAGGAAUAAGUUUGUCUGAGAAAAGAAAAAUUCAUGCCUCGUGUAAGUACAGUAGUACAGUAGUCAAUCCUAUUUUAAGCCUGUGUUUUUGAGCAAUCUAUGAACAGAAAUUAUAAAAUGGUCACAUUUGAUACAAUUAGGGGACUACCAUUUGAUUCUGAAGGGGGGGGGGGGAGUGGCAGAUGUUGGAAAUAAUUCUUCUGUCCUCCAACAAAAGUUGGAAAAUAAAAUCUGUCCUCAACUGGAGUGGAAAUAAAUAAUCUGUCCCUGUGUUCGAUGUGUUCACUUUUUUGCUGGUCAUACUCUUUUAGUGUAGAACAAAAUAAAAAAAUCUGUACUUGAUCCUUCACCGACAUGAAAAUAAAUAAUGUAAAUAAUGUGACUUUAAAACAAUUCCCCUCCUCACCCCUCCCUCACCCCCAUCAGAAUGAAGAAGGUCAUCCCUAUAGGUAGUCACUUAAAGCAGAGAAUCAGAUUCUUGCAUUUUUUUAAAAUUCAUUAUAUACUGUAUAUUAAAUAGAUACUGCUUAAAAUACUUGAUGAAAUACUUCAUUGAUUAGUUUGAUUUUGUGAAACCCUCUAGGGAAAAUUUUGCAGUUGCAUAUAUCAGAAGUUUGUUAUAUACAGGUAGUAAGUAAGACUUGAUUGACAUGUACAUGAUAUGAUAUUAAUGCUUUUCCAUUUUUACUUUUCAGUUAAUUCAUAAUAAUUAACUUACACUUUUAUCUGAAAAACUAAGUAACUGGUUCUCAACCUAUUAUUUUAUAUUGCCUGGUUUUCAUUAUUAAAUAUGUUUAUUGACCAUCUUUUUUUAAUGUUACACACCAUGCAAUAUGCAGUUAAUAUUUGUUAAAGGGAAUCUUUUAAGAUUUUCUUAGUGCAUUAAGUUUCAUUUAACUGUUGAUCAACUUUGUGUGAUGAUGGUCUUUAUUUUAUAGAACCAGGUGCUAGUUUUGUUCAUAUGAAUUCGAAUAUUGGUGCUUUCUACAGUGUGUAACUCAAUGUUUCAACAAAUGAAAGCUUCAUUUCAAAGAUUGUAAUUUAGAACCAUUUGACAUUUGCUUAUCAAUUCUCAUUCUGGUAUCCCAUUCUGAGUCCCGAUUUCUUUUGUACUCAUUUACUGUACAUAUAACUUGUGUUCUACAGAUCAUGUCUUCUAUCUUAAAUUCUUUAUUUAGAAUUUUAUACAGAUAUGUACCGGGUAAUGUUAAAGUUUAUAAGCUGGACCUUAGAAAGUUUACUGAUAACCAGGCAGUAUUAAGAAUAACGCAGGAAUCUGGAUAUAUAAACAAGUCUGUACAUUUGUAUUGUAUAUAUGGGUUUAGGGCAUUAAUAGUUCAGACAAUCAACAAAUGAAACACAGCUAUGCGGGAUAAAACAGGAAAACAAAAACAAAAUUUAAGGAAAGAAUUGAAUAGCAACCCAAGUUAUACUGAACGAUGCUGUUUUU